AAGUAACAAUUAGGCGCACGAAGCGCUCAUCUCUCUCCGUCCCAUUCCUUCUCCCUAGUUGCUGCAAAUAGACAAACCGACAGCCUCCUUCCGGUGGAAAUCGAAACCAUCGUCAAAGUCAAAUCCUAAAAAAGAGGGCGGUUACAAGGCUGGGCUUAUAUACUGAAGAAUCUGAUUAUAUUCUAGGCUAGCUGCUUUCUUUGGUAAGGGAGUAGAUACUUUAUAUGCCAUGGACAGGGAAUGGAUACGAAAUCCGAAUCGAGUGAGUAGGGAAUAUUUAAAUGGGAUUUCAGAAUUUUUGAAAACUGCAAGCAAACAUGUCAACGCUGAGGGUUAUACUAAGUGCCCAUGCCAGAAUUGUAACAACUGUAGAUUAAAGUCAUUGAGAGAAAUUCAGCAAGAUUUGGGUAGAUAUGGAAUGUCAUUCAAUUAUACUACAUGGACUCAUCAUGGGGAACGAUUGAGAACUGUUUCAAGUUGUUCAAACCCACAACCAGUGUCGCGACCUAUUACUGAAAUAGGAAGUGAUAAUGAUCAUGUAAUGAAUGUAAUCAAUGAUCUUCAUCCACACACGCAUGUUAGUCAAAACAAUGCGUUGGAGGAGGAUGAUAACACAAUCAGCAAUGAUAAUGUGGAAGUGGAUGAGUCCAGCAUGCCUAGAGAAGAACAUGAAAAGUUUGAGAGAUUAUUAAAACAAGCUCAACGAGAAUUGUACCCUGGGUGUGAAGGUUUCUCUGUACUAACGGCAAUUGUGGAGUUCAUGCAUGGCAAGGUCAUGUUUGGAAUGUCCAACACAUGCUAUGAUUAUUUCAUGGCACUUUUCAAACGGAUGCUUCCGAAAGAUAAUGUUUUGCCUCCAUCACAUUAUGAAGCAAAUAAGAUUUUGAAAGAUUUAGGGUUAGGGUGUGAAAAAAUUCAUGCCUGCAAGUAUGAUUGUGUGUUGUUUUACAAAGAAAAUAAAGCGUUAGAUCAGUGUCCUGUUUGUAAUGAGCCUAGGUAUCAUAAGAGUUCUCCGGACAAGAAGCGGAAGAUUCCGAGAAAAGUGCUACGAUAUUUUCCACUUAAGCCAAGAUUGCAACGGCUGUACAUGUCAGUGCACACGGCCAAUGAUAUGAGGUGGCAUAAGGAAAAGAGGGUUGAUGAUGAUAUCAUGCGACAUCCCGCUGACGGAACUGCAUGGAAAGAGUUUGACAAUAUAUAUCCUGACUUUGCAGCAGACCCUCGGAAUGUGAGGUUAGGCCUUGCCACGGAUGGAUUUAAUCCAUUCAAUAAUAUGAGUAAACCUUAUAGUAUGUGGCCUGUGGUGGUUGUUCCAUAUAAUUUGCCGCCUUGGAGAUGUAUGAAAAAAGAAUUUUCCAUUAUGACAUUGCUAAUCCCAGGUGAUAAAGCACCUGGAAGAGAAAUCGAUGUGUAUUUACGACCGUUAAUUGAUGAGCUGAAAGAAUUAUGGGAAAAUGGUGUGCCAACAUAUGAUAAGGCUACUAAUUCUAUGUUUAACUUACGUGCGGCAUUGAUGUGGACAAUCAAUGAUUUUCCAGCUUACGCAAAUCUAUCGGGAUGGGGCACUAAGGGCUAUAAUGCAUGCCCUGUUUGUAAUGAGGACGGAACAUCAGAAAGGUUCAGCGACAAGAUUUGUUACAUGGGACAUCGACGGUGGCUACCUUGGAAUCAUGCAUGGCGGGAUAACAAAGACUCUUUUGAUGGGAGAACUGAAUAUCGUGCUAGACCUCGGGAGUUCUCAGGGGAAGAGAUUUUAGCACAAGUUGCUAAUUUAAAUUUUGGUCGGAUGGGUAAACAUGACAACAAUCCGGACAAGAAAAUGAAGAAAACGCCUGAGCAUCGAAAUUGGUCGAAAAAGAGUGUGUUCUUCGAGUUGGAGUAUUGGUCAAAGUUGAAAAUCAGGCAUAACUUAGAUGUGAUGCACAUCGAGAAGAAUGUUUCUGAUAGUGUUGUUGGAACAAUACUGGACCUAGAAGGAAAAUCUAAAGACACGCACAAAGCUCGCAAUGAUUUGAUGAAUUUGGGCAUAAAAGAAAAUUUGUGGUUAGAGUGGGACGGGAGUAAGUGGAAUAAAGGUCACCCAUUUUAUACCGUGGAACCAAAGUUCCAAAAAGAAUUCCUUGAGUUUUUGAAAUGGGUAAAGUACCCAGAUGGAUAUGCAGCCAGUAUCUCUCGAAAUGUGAAAGUCGGUGAGAAAAAGAUUUCCGGAUUGAAGAGUCAUGAUUGCCACGUGUUAUUGCAGCGACUUAUUCCCGUGGGUAUUCGAAAAUUUUUGCCGGAAAAUGUGGUUGAACCGAUCAUUGAAUUAUCGAGCUUCUUUCAGCAAAUAUGUGCCAAAACGUUGUGUGUGGUAGACUUGGAAAGGCUGAAAGAAAAUAUUGUGUACAUAUUGUGCAAGCUUGAACAAAUAUUUCCCCCUGCAUUCUUUGAUGUAAUGAUUCAUGUCAUGAUCCACUUAGUAGAUGAAGCGAUACUUGCUGGGCCUGUUAAUUUUCGGUGGAUGUACCCUAUAGAAAGACUAUUGGGAAGGUAUAAACGCUAUGUGCGGAACAAAGCACGUCCUGAGGGAUCUAUUACAGCGGUAUACCUUUCAAAUGAAUCCCUCACUUUUUGUGGGAUGUAUCUCCGUAAUGUUGAAAGUUCUUUUAAUCGACGUGAACGAAAUAUUGAUGGUGGUGUGCGACUAGAGAAGCUUUCUGUAUUUGCUCAAAUUGCAAAACCGUUUAUGGGUAGUUCAAGUGUUGAAUUUACUAGUGCUGACAUGAAGAUAGCUGAGUGGUUUAUAUUCAACAAUUGUGACGAGGUGACACCAUUCCUUGAGGAGCAUGAGGAAAUAAUAAAGCGUGAAAGUAGUUCAAACGUGGAGCAAAGACACAAAGAUAAGUUUCCUUCUUGGUUUCGUGAACAUAUGAGGAGCUUGGGAAAGGAAAAGUCACCUUUAUAUAAUGAUGAGUUGUUUGAGUUAGCGAGAGGUGCUGUGCGAGCUGAAACAUAUCAAGGCUGUGUUGUGAAUGGGGUUAAGUUUGUAGUUGCCGAACGAGAUGAUAGAUUAAUCACUCAGAAUAGUGGGGUGUAUGUGCCUGGAGAUGUCGAUACUGGAGAACUAGAAUUUUAUGGAAAGUUGACUAGUGUCAUUGAAUUGUUAUAUAGACAGGGGUAUAAAGUGGUGUUAUUUAAGUGCCACUGGUUCAAUACAGACCCUUCUAGACGAGGGAGUAUAAAGCGCGACUACCACUUAAUAUCAGUCAACACAAACACUCGUUGGUAUGAUAAUGAUCCUUAUAUUCUUGCCACUCAAGCGAAGCAAGUGUUUUAUGUGGCUGAUCCUAAGGCAGGUACUGGUUGGAAAGUAAUUCAAAGAAUUCAACAUAGAAAUGUAUGGGAUAUUCCGGAAAAGGGGAACUCUGAGGGUGAUAGUAGUGAUGAUGAUGUGACAUACCAAGAGAACUCUUCAUCAGACAUUCCUGAUAUGGCACAAGUACAACACAUUGAUGAAACUCUGACUCCGUACUGCUUGGAAAACGUUCCUCCAGUUGCAGUUGAGAUUGACUCCAUCAUUAUAGAUCUUGGGGCUCUUCCUAGAAUUGAUGAAAAUGAAUUCAUUUACAAUUAUAAUGAAGAAAGUAGUAUAGAUACUGAUGACUACAUAAGCAAUGAGGAAAAUAGUAGUCAUGGUGAUGAUAGUUCAAGCAGUACUACUGAUGACGAUAGUGAUCUAGAUUAUUAGUUGUCUAUGGCUCAGUGGGAUUCUGGGCUAGAUAGCUUACAACUGGUAUCAGCACGGCAUGGAGACCAAUGUGAGGAUCAUUCACACUAGUUGUUUGAUACUGGAAUGUUUCAUGAUGAUCCUUAUCGUUUCUCGAUUUCAUGAUGCUGCAUAUCAACUUGAUGAGGACUAUAGUGAGAAUGGUGAUACUUAAGGAUAUUUUAUCUCUAUUAUAUUAAUCUCGAAAUGAAAACAUAGAUAUUUUU